AGCCCGUUGUGAGUGACGCGGGAAACCCUGUGCAGUGCGGCCCGCCAUCUUGGAAAAGGCAGGCAGUCUCCUGGAGGCUUGGAAAACUUGCGAGAUUCCCUUCCGAGAUAGAGAGGGAGACAGGGGACGCGGCCAGAAAAAAAAAAAGAGGCAAGGAAAGACGCGCUGAACUCCCAGGUUACCCCCCUCCCCAAAAGUCACGAGCCACAAUGGCCACAGCUCCAUACAACUAUUCCUACAUUUUCAAGUACAUAAUUAUUGGGGACAUGGGAGUAGGGAAAUCCUGUUUGCUUCAUCAAUUCACAGAAAAGAAAUUUAUGGCUGACUGCCCCCAUACAAUUGGUGUGGAGUUUGGGACCAGAAUAAUAGAAGUAAGCGGUCAGAAGAUCAAACUGCAGAUCUGGGACACAGCAGGUCAGGAGCGGUUUAGAGCUGUGACACGGAGCUACUAUAGGGGAGCUGCUGGUGCACUAAUGGUGUAUGAUAUCACCAGGCGAAGCACAUAUAAUCACCUGAGUAGCUGGCUGACAGAUGCACGAAAUCUCACUAAUCCCAAUACUGUGAUAAUUCUUAUAGGAAAUAAGGCAGACUUGGAUGCUCAGCGGGAUGUAACGUAUGAAGAAGCCAAACAAUUUGCAGAGGAGAAUGGGUUGUUAUUCCUUGAAGCAAGUGCAAAAACAGGAGAGAAUGUGGAAGAUGCUUUCUUAGAAGCAGCAAAGAAGAUCUACCAAAACAUUCAGGAUGGUAGCCUUGAUCUAAAUGCAGCGGAGUCAGGAGUGCAGCACAAACCUUCAGCUCCGCAGGGUGGCCGGAUAACCAACGAACCACAGCCCCAGAGAGAAGGGUGUGGCUGCUAGUACCCCUCUCAUGCCAGACCCGCCCACCUCAACGUCUUCUCCAGUGUGCUGGGAGGGUGGAGGGUGAGCAUAGCUGUUUAAGUAUGCUGUGCUUGCCCUGUCUGGACUCUUCCUCACCCCACCUGACCUUGACCCUCACCCAAUUCCAUUCACAAGUCCAUCUGUCUAGGUUUUCAAAUGGAAGAAAAUGUAUUAAAAAUUAAAAAAAAAAAAAAAAAAAAAAAAAA